AUGACUCAAGGAGUACCUGAUGUUGAAGAGACUGGAGUCAUCAUAUGUGGCGGUGGCCCGACGGGCACGGUGUUGUCGGCCCUGCUCGGGGCGAUGAAAGUGCCCAACAUCGUCCUGGAAAGGGAGAAGGACAUCACCACCGACCCUCGGGGCAUCGCCCUGGACGAAGAUGGAAUCCGUAUACUGCAAUCGAUUGGAAUCUACGACAAGAUAUACACAGAAAUUGGGACGUGUAUGGAGAUAUUCAACUUCGUCACUGGCAGCGAGCCGAAUCUAUACAAAAAGCCCCUCCUCACGAUGGACUACACGACGACGGAAGGUGGUACGGGCCAUGUCGGGUUUAUAUGUCACAAGCAGCCAGCAAUGGAACGGGCGAUUCGAGACCAGAUCCACCGAAUCCCUUUCUCGGAAAUCCGGCCCGAGUCUACGGUGGUCGGGGUAUCAGAGGAUUGCGAGAGAGUAACCGUUGAAUACAAGAACGCGCAGGGAGAGACUCGAAAAUUGACGGCACCGUUCUUGGUGGGAGCAGACGGGAAGACGGGCUACGUCAGGAAGUGCUACCUCGAGCCGAAAGGCGUCAUCAUGGAACGAUGCAAAGAGUCGGACUACGAGGAAACCUGGGUGGCAUUGAACUGGCAAAUUUCUUUACCCACGGAGAAGACUCACCCCGACUUCCCCCUCUGGAGGCUCGGGUACACACCCGAACAAGUCUACGACCGGUUCUUCCCUAGACAGUUUCGAUUCCUCUGCAAUCCGAGGCGGCCGUCGGUGUGCGGGAGGUUCGGGCUGCAAUCGGAUCGGCUGUGGCGGUUCGAAUUCGUGGUGCUGGAAGGCGAAGACGGCCACCAGAUGGCCUCGCCCGAGGAAACCAGCAAGAUCAUCUAUCCUUACCUCACCCAUCCCGGCAGCUGGUACGGACUCCCAAAUUCCGUGCGAUUUCCCGAGGACUGCAUCAAGACCUUGAGAUCUCGGCCGUUUUCUUUCGUGGCGCGGAGCUGUAACAAGUGGGCCUUGGGAAGGGUCAUCUUGGCUGGCGAUGCGGCUCAUGUCUUCCCUCCUUUUGGCGGGCAAGGUAUUGCUUCUGGAUUCCGGGAUGCUUCCGCGUUGGCCUGGAGACUGGCGUUGCUCCAUCGGCGACCGGCCACGGAUCACGAAGCUUUGUUGACGGCAUGGUAUUCCGAACGCAAGCAACAGCUCGAACGGUCCCUCGCCGCCACCAUCCAGAACGGGGCGUACGUGACGGAAUCCGACCCCAUCAAGGUCUUCAUCCGCGAAUGGUACAUGUGGGCGGUCCAACUGGUCCCCAGCUGGAGGAAAGAGCUCCAAAAAGGCGCCCGAGCACUGGGGAUGACCCAAUAUCGCUAUAGCCCCGGGCUGGCAUUCGUGGGAGAGAUGGGAGGCGGCCUGCUUCUCCCGCAGAUCUAUGCUUUCAACUUCGCGAGGAACAGGAUCGAGUUCACGGACGACCUCGUCUUUUCUCCUGAUAAAAAGGGCCUGUUCCAGCUGCUUGUCUUGCCCGACACAGCCGGCCAGAUCCGGUCUCUGACAAGAGAUAUCGAGGCCAUCAGCCAACGGUCAGGCAACCUCAUCCUCAUCCUGGGCGAGGAAGCUACCAUCCUCAUUCAGUCCACGGAGGCCUCGAUUUCGGGCGUCGACAUGCCCUUCCAACAGGUGGUGGCCCGAAUUGCAGCGGGCGACGAAUUCGCAGCAGACCCGCUUCUCUGCAAGAACCGUCCUCCCCCUAUCGGCUAUGACGAGCUGCGGCUUUACAAAGAAGUCCAGGGCCGAAAGUAUGUGAUUCUCCGGCCCGAUCGCUUUGUCUUUGCGGCGUGUGAUACACCCGCUGAGUUGAGAGAGGCUGUCAGCAAGCUUCCAAGCGCAUUGCAUUUUUACCAGUAG